AUAAAAUUAACUUUUUACUUCCAGUAUUGAACAUUAACAGUUUCAGCAAUAAGUAUACUAUAACUAAAGAAACUAUACCAACAAAUUUAAUACCACUAACCACGAAAGAAGUAGAAUGGUAUAAUACUGAUACUGAUAAAAGAGCCACCGA